ACAGUUGUCAUGGAAACUCAUACAUCAGCAGAAAGUGCCAAAAACGCGCUUUCUGGAUCCCAAUUUGGUGGCACAACAAAAGCUGUUAUCGAAUGGGGUAAAGCAAUUGAUGAUGCACCUGAUACAAAACAAACAAUUGUAGUUCCUAUUUUAAAUCCACCAAAAAUCAGUAAAAAGAAGCAAGCUGCUUUCUUCAAUGAAGAAAAUACCAAUAAAGUUGUCAAUAUUAUGAGGAUUUUCUCAGAACAAAAUAGACAAAAACCACUUGAAAAAUCUAACCCGAUUAUCGCAAAUAGAAUGGCUGCUUCAUCAAGCUUAGACUUAUCUCUUCAAUAUGAAUCGCGUUUAUACAGUCAAAAUGUUCCUGAAGAAGCAAAAUUCUGGUAUUAUUAA